GAUGCCAUGAGGGGUAGAGCCAUUUGGAAUUGGCCCUCCCCCCCACAGCACUGUGCAUGACAGCGUUGCCUGUCCGGCACCACGGAGAGGUAGGGGGUUGUUUUACCAGACAUAGACAUACACGCUGACACACACACGCACACAACUAUUAGACACACACACAACAAUUACACACAUGCGUUCUCGUCAUGUAUUGAUUGAUAGAUUGUGUAAUCCCGCACAAUCUGCAGCAUAGCGGCAGCUCUCGAAGGCAGACAAGUGCGACGAUGUGGACUGCGGUAGGGUUGUGGAUGUUCCCGGGGCUCGUCUCCUGGCUCGUCAGCCCAGGUAUCUGCCUCCAGUCUCAGGUCCAGCGGUCGGUGCUGGUGGCACCUCCUCCCGCCGGCGUGGAGCAGUCGACGGAUGGCACGGCCGUGUGCCACUUCCCGUUCGUCUACCGGAACGAGUCGCACCCCGAGUGUCUGCAGGACACGCUGGGCCUCCAGUGGUGCGGCCUCACGGCCAACGUGGACUCGGACAGGAGGUGGCGCUACUGCGCGCGGGCGCCGAUCGUCGUGGCUGGAGAUGAUUACGAUGAUCAAAACAACAAUAAAGACUACGACGAUGAUGAAGAGGACGAUUCGAACGUGCUGAAUGUGUUGGAUCACUCCAGUAAAGACGGCCCCUGCAAGGGGAUGACAUGUCUGUUUGGAGGGGUCUGCAAAGUGAAAGUGGGACACCCCGGGCGGAAGCUAACGGGCGCGGAACCGGUCUGCACGUGCCGCCCACCCUUCCAUGGGAAAAACUGCCACAUGGUGAGGAACCCGUGCCAGCGAGGGACGUGCCGCUUCAGAGGGGCCUGCCUGCUCCGCUUGGACGACCCGGCACGGCCUAAGUGCCGGUGCCAGCUGGGUUUCUGGGGCCCGCACUGCGGGAUGAGCGAGUCCGCCACCCCCUCCACCUCCACCCCCUCCACCUCCACCCCCUCCAACUCCACCGUCCCCCCACUUGCGUCGCCCACUUGGGUUGCCCGCGUGGGUCACCCACCUGGGUCGCCCGCGUGGGUCGCCAACGUGAGUGAUCCCUUCCCUGGCUCCUCAGUCCAGAGAGACCCGUGCGUGCAGCCCAACCCUUGCCUCAACGGCGGCGCCUGCUUCGUGGUGCGGGACAGGUCGCAUCGCCGUGCCGUCACGUGCGCCUGCCCUAGCAAGUUCCACGGUCUCCACUGCAACUUACUGAAGGGCGACUGUUACCAAGGGAAGGGCUCCGACUAUCGUGGCACCAUGAGCGUCACGGAGGGCAGGAGGCGUUGCUUGCACUGGAACUCGCCGCUGGUUCUACGGCAGCACCACAGCGCGUUCAGCGCCCAGGCACGGGCCUCUGGGAUCGGAGACCACAACUACUGCCGGAACCCCGAUGGCGGCACCAAGCCCUGGUGCUACUUUAUAAACAGAAACAACCGCAAGAUCGACUGGGCUCACUGCAAGCUGCAGCAGUGCCAAGGGCAGAAGCAGCAGGGGUCUCGCGGCGACGGCGCAGCCGCCGCAUGCGGGCGCACGUGGCUGGGGACGCUGCGCGUGCGCGUGGUGAAGGGCCGUGAAGCCGGCCUGGGCGCCCGGCCCUGGCAGGCCUCGGUGCAGCUGCGUGGUGAGGGGGCGUCGGUGCACCGGUGCGGCGGGGCGCUGGUGCACCCCUGCUGGCAGCCCCUCGCGGCUCUCCGCUGCCCCUGGCACUGUGCUGUGUGCAGGAAGCCCGCAGGCAGCUACUUGGUUCGCCUCGGCAAGAGGAAGCUCUACACUCAUGAGAGCGGCGAGCAGGACUUCAACGUCUCCAAGGUCAUCGUGCAUCCCAACUACUCCGAGGGGAGCCACGACGCCGACAUAGCGCUACUGCGUCUGCGGGGGGACGCGGGCGAGUGUGCCACCCGCAGCGCCGUGGAGGUGGUGCCGGUCUGCCUGCCCGAGGCCGCCGAGCCGGCGCCGCCCGGGACGCUGUGUCACAUCUCCGGCUGGGGCGCCAGGGGAUACCACGGGGCCACGACGCCGGUGCUGCAGGAGGCCGAGGUGCGAGUCGUCGACAUGGACGCCUGCAACAGCAGCCAGGGCUACGAUGGGCGGCUCACGGCCGGCAUGCUGUGUGCCGGCAACUGGGAGCACGGGGGCCCCGAUGCCUGCAAGGGAGACUCGGGGGGCCCGCUGACGUGCGCCGUGCAGGCCGCGGGAGGCGAGGAGCUGAGCGUGCUGCACGGCAUCGUGUCAAGCGGCCGGGGCUGCGGGGAGAAGUACUGGCCCGGCGUGUACACGCGGGUGUCCGCCUUCGUCACGUGGAUCCGCAGCAGCAUGGGCGACAACGGCACGGCCGCCACGGGGAGCGCCGCCGGCGGUGCCACCGGUUCGGCGUAACUAACGCCGCGUUCAUCUUCGUGACGGCCAGGCACCUUCAACUUCCUGCUGUGUUCACCUGGAUGGAGGGUUUGCGUGUGGGGGUGUGUGGUGCGUGUGUGGUGCGUGCGUGUCGCCACAGUGAAACGGCACCAACAGUCAUGAUUCACCAAUACGUCCAUGCGGUCCAAUAGCACCAAUAGAAAACGUACAAAAUAAUUCUCGGCUACUUUAACUCUCACUAAAUCACAGCGUCCCCAGGCGGGAGAGACGCUGGGUCUGCGGGGAGAAUUUUUACCGGAGAGGAUUUUUAGCAGCGAGUUUUACAGAGUGCCUCUGGUGCUCCCCAUCACUACAGCCGUUGAGGAUUUGCUACGGGGAGACUUUCACAUCAAGAAACCACACGCGAUGAUUUCCACCAG